CCUGUCAACAGACGAUCUUUGAAUUCAGCUGUCUAACAGCGGCUUCUAGUGUUCAUACAUCGCUGCAGCUGCUUAACCAUAUCCUGUUUCUGUUACUCAGAUGGUGAUGGCUAUCGUCAGAGGAGGCUAGCUGAGCUGAAUACAUGCACAGAGUGCUGGAGAGAAAGUAAAUAAAGAACAGUGGUUAUCUACUAUGGACGGGUUUGCCGGAGACAUGCUGAGUGGUGGCCGGGCUCUGCUUGGCGAGGACAGCUCAGUGAUGGCCCGUAUGCAGAAGAAAUUUUGGAAGACCAAACAGGUCCUCAUCAAAGCCACAGGCAAGAAGGAGGAUGAGUAUGUGGUGGCCUCGGAUGCUGACCUGGAUGCUAAGCUUGAGUUCUUCCGCUCCGUUCAGUCUACGUGCACAGAGCUGCUGAAGGUGAUCGAGAAGUAUCAGCACAGGAUCACACGCUUGUCUCAAGAGGAGAAUGAGCUCGGCCUGUUCCUGCGAUUCCAAGCCGAGCACGAUCGCACAAAGGCUGGAAACAUGAUGGAUGCCACUAGCAAGGCUCUGUGUGCCUCUGCCAAACAGAGGAUGGCACUUUGUCCGUCACUGCACCGUUUGCACCAGGAAGUGGAGACGUUCCGGCGGCGUGCCAUUUCGGACACACUUUUGACAGUAACCUGCAUGGAGAAGGCUCGCACAGAGUACAGAGGAGCUCUGCUCUGGAUGAAAGAUAUCUCCCAAGAGCUCGACCCAGACACCUACAAACAGCUGGAAAAGUUUCGCAAGGUCCAGGCCCAGGUAAGAGGGACAAAGAGCCAGUUUGAAAAGCUGAAGAACGAUGUGUGUCAGAAGGUGGACAUGCUGGGAGCAAGCCGCUGCAAUAUGCUCUCCCACUCCCUCUGUACCUACCAGACCACCCUGCUGCAGUUCUGGGAGAAAACUGCUCAGGCCAUGUCAGAAAUCCACAAGGCCUUCCAGGGACAUGUACCAUACCAGUUUACCACACUCAAGGAUCUGUGGGAUCCCCUGGAGCAAAUCUCAGACUCUAAAAAACAAGAGGAGAAAGAGAAGGCAGCACUGCAGAGCAACACAGAAAGUCUGCUUUCCUUGGAUGAUGACAACCUGUCAGGAAGUGCCACCGAUGCAUACCUCCCACUCAGUAGUGAUGGGCAGAGGCAGACCGAUGACUGCGCCCUGCAAAACCUCAGUGGACUGUCAAGAAGCUCUGAUGAUGACCUGAUGCUUAUGGCCUGUGACAUGCCACAGCCCACAGCCCCAGCAAAUGCCCUACACCAGCCUCAGGGCUUUGGAAACCUCGAGUUUGGCCUCUCACAGCUGCCUGCCACCGAUGGGAGUCUGCACACUGGCCGUCAGCCACAGGAGGACGGUGAACCAGGGGACAUGGCCUUCCUCAAAGACCUUCUUAGCCCUGGUUCAGGAGCUAGUGAUGAGUUCAGCAAAGAAUGGCAGGAUGCUUUUGGGAUGUUUACCUCUCCCAGUGUCCCCACAACCAGCCAAGGAGCACAGAGUGGUGCAACAGCAGCACGUCCACCCUCUAACCCCCCUAGCCCCACAGGCUUUCUGCCCUCCCAGCUGCUGGAUCACAGUUUGAGUUCCACAGGUUGGGCAACCCCUCCUAUGUUCCAAGCUCCACCCCUGCAGGUUCCUCAAAGUCCAAACCAAUCAGCUCAGCCAGCUCCCAAAUUUGCAGGUAAUGCUACCCCUGGGGGAUCCAAAGACAUGUCUGCCUGGUUCAACCUGUUUGCAGACCUCGACCCUCUUUCCAACCCUGAUGCCAUCGGACGAUCUGCAGACGAGCUGCUCAAUGCCUGAAUAUGUGCUUGUGUGUAUGUGCGUGCAUCUUCUCUCCCCAAGGAUUCUUUGCAAUGUUCCAUGUCAUCAUUCAAGUAAACAAACACGAACAGUGAGAAAGACGCAUAUGAGUAAAAGAUGGUGUUUUAAACAGGAAACAUUGUCAGUGAAGACUGUUAACACUACCUGUGAAGUCAUGUACACAGCAAACCUCAUGUUUUGGGUUUCAGGUUUACUUUGAAGGGUUUUUUUCUGUGGGUCACUGUCAGGGACUCAAAAUGUCUCAUCAUAGGAUAUAUUACAUGUUUUACACUAUUUUAUAUAGUGUAUUUCCAGCUGCACCAGGAACACAGUGUAUCACCAUCACUGGAGAAACUCUGAAUCUUCGCGUCUGCAUUACUUUGAUUUACUUUAUUGAUAGAGCUCUGUAAUAACUGGCCUGCAUUGUAUGCUUAAUCAGCUGGAGUUAGAGUGCAGGCACAGAGUCCUCUAUCUGUCCAUCUUCAUCUGUGAUUUCACUCAAACUGGGUCAAAAUGUAUGUUUGAAAUAGUCUCAUCUGUUGUUUAACAAUCACAAAUCCAGGGCCAAGAAAAAUCUGUGAAGGAUUUAUUCUGUACUUUUGAAGGAAAUUUUGGCCAUGGGAUUUUUAUUGUUAUUGGUACAUAAAAAUGUACUGAUUUACAAAUGACAGCACUAUUACUGGUUGGAGAAACGGAGGUUUUUGUUGUGCAGCGUACUGUAAAGAUGGAAGAAAAGCAACACUAUCAAGUAACACUGUAACUGACUAUUUUAACUUUGUGUGGUGUGUAUUUUGAAGAUACACAGAUAUAUAUGGUUUAUAUGGAGGAAUCAACACUGGAGAGCUGUUACCAUGUCACAUAUUUAAAAAACAUGGAUCCUUCACUUGCUGUAGAUUUAGUGAUUGUACUUCUUUGAGUGCAAAAAACUGCAGAAACCUGCAUUUCUGAGUAUUUAUAAGUUUAGUAAAAAAAUGUGCAGAGCUGUGUUUCUAAAGGAUGUAAAUAUUCUCUCCACAUGCACAGACUGAAACCAAAUCCUUAGUUACGAUAUUUGUGUGCCUGUAUAACCACACUCAGUUGAGCUAAAGUAAUAAGACUGUGUGUCUCGAAGUUGAGCAACUCACAAAAAUGACUUAAUACCAGCUGCACAUCAUUAUCUCAGCUUUUGGGAAUACAAACAAACCUCACUACUACUCAGCAAUUGAGGCAAGGAGACAAGAAAGCAAGAAGGAAGCCUGACACUAUAACUAUGUAUAUGUGUGUGUGUGUGUGUGUGUGUGUGUGUGUGUGUGUGUGU